AUGCUUUCUUUCUUCAAAGAUACAUCGUCUACAUUGCGACCAACAAACACGACACCGGAUUCAGCUCACCCUAGCAUCGCCAAUCAAGAUCAUGACCAGAACACAGACAGAAGUCCCCAAACUGCCGAACAAGCUCGCGUGGAGCCUCUCCCUCAAUUCUCAUUAGUACCCGACGGCCCAGUCUACACCCCACUUCCCCAGAACUCCAUUCGCCUGCUGAAGCUCCGAUACGGUCAUGUUACAAGCCCAGUCGAAUGCGAGCUCACAACGUUCGCCAUCGAGGAGGCACCAACCUAUGACGCUCUGUCCUAUGUCUGGGGCCUCGAAAGCUCCUCCGAGCCCAUAAUCUGUAAUGGCCAUCGCAUGCCAAUCCGGAACAACCUGAUGCAAGCCCUUCGCCAUCUCCGUCCACUUCCCUCAUGGGUUGCCCACGACAUCUGGCCCGAGACUCACGCUCUUCACUCAAGUCACAAUGCCUGGAAGGGCAUUGCUCGCAAUCGCAACGAGAUGCCGCCGGACGACAAGUUCCAGCAGAACUUCAUCUGGGUCGACAGCCUCUGUAUUAACCAAGCCGAUACGGCGGAGCGAGAGGAGCAAGUAAAGCUAAUGGACCGCAUCUUUUCUCGCGCCGAGACCGUAAAAGUUUGGCUAGGACCUGCCGACACUUCACAGAUUGCUGUUCAACCGCUCAAUACAGAAAGGGUACCAAACAUAGGGAAUGGCUUGCUUACUGUUAGUGGUCAUUUCGCACGACAGCGGCCCGUAUAUCACCUCUUGCAGUACGGAACGAUGCCACUGGUUCUCGCCUUCAUAGCUCAAGCCAUUCGAAACGUUGAAGGUGCCGAGAAUUACCUUGCGAAGCUGCGUCCGCCAUGGGAUCUCGUCCAUCGGAAUAAAGCGUACGGGUUGCUUUCUCCGUCAGCCGACGAGUGGACAGUGCUUCGGAAAUUUCUGACAAACUCUUGGUUCGACCGCGUCUGGAUCGUACAGGAGAUCGUGCUGGCACGAAGGGCGGUAGUGAUUGUAGGGGAUUGGCAGCUGGAGUGGGCGGCGUUGGGACAGGCGGCAGCGUGGUUUGAGGAUCACGGAUACGGCAUGCCGGCAAACUACAAGUUCUCGAGAGUGGACAGGAAUGAUUUGCUGCCUGUGGCAAAAGCGGCAGCAAUGUGGAGGUUGAAUCAGGCUAUCGACAAGAGGUGGCCACUUCUUCAAAUGCUGGCAGAACUAAGGAGUCGAAACGCGACAGACGAGAAAGAUAAACUUUACGCCACAUAUUCGAUGGCUCAUGAGACGGAGACGAACUCUCACGGGCUGCCUUUUUUGCUUGAACCAACAUACUCAAGUGCUCCAGGGAAUGAGGAGGCAUGUGCGAAAGUCUAUAGGGAUCUUGCGCGAUUCCUAAUCAUAGAGCACGGGGACCUCUCAGUUCUUUCACAUGUCGAACAAACACGAGUUAUGAGGAGUGCCGAAUGGCCAUCGUGGGUACCGGACUGGAGACAGGUGAAGGCAUCUGCCGAGUUCAUCAAACACAAUCUGGACGCCUCUUGGUAUAACGCAAAUGAUGGCAAGAACAUGGUCAUUGGAGACUCUUUGGAUCCAAACAGCCUCUCCUUGCAGGGCGUUCGCGCUGCUGUUGUGAAUAUCUACAGCGAGAAGCUGAGCUCGUACGGUUUCCGGCACAUCACAUACCAAGACGAGUGCCAAUUCGUCAAGUCGGCCUGGAACCUUUACAUCACCAGUCUAGCAGGUGGUAAACCAACCAAGGAGGGGCUUCGAGUUUUCCUCUCGACCCUCACUGCUGGUCUCACCGACGAGCAGAUGGCUGUAAACGAUGACCCCGGCUUUUUCUCUGACGCCAAGGCUUGGUUGGCGGAAAACACGCCUGAUGUUCCGCUGUUUCACAGUCUCGGAGAAGGCUGGUUUGCAAAGCAGAGAAGAGCCCGGCGGAACCCCCAUCGUUUCCAGGCUGCAUUCACGCGGGCUUGUUCUGAUAGAGCAUUUUUCAUCGCGAGUGGCGGCUCAUUGGGGAUAGGUCCGGAGACCAUGAGGUCCGGAGAUAUCGUUGUUGUGCUUUUUGGUGGAAGGGUUCCGUAUGUGCUGAGGCCUCUGAGAGAUGGGGAUUAUUCUUUUAUCGGAGAAUGUUAUGUUCAUCAUUUCAUGGAUGGGGAAGUCAUUAGGAAAUGGCAGGGAAACAAUCUUACUCCGGACUUCUUUUGCCUUAGAUGA